AUGUUUUACUGCCUGAAGUGCAAUGCUCCGCUUCAGAUUGACCAUAGCUUGCAAGAUGCCAACACAGGGCAGCUCAACUUGUUGACUCAAAACAAACAAAGUGUGCUGGCAGCAGCACCUAAACUCAACCUGGUGGAUUUCAUUCCAAAAGAACGGCUUGAAUUGUUGGAAGAAGUUGAGAAAAACGGCCAUAACGAGCCUAUCCAUUUCUUGGACACCAUUGAAGAACACGGGACCGACUCGCUGCCGGACCACGAUAGUCUGCCCGAUGCUUCAUUGGUGGUAAAUGGAGGAGAGAUUGAGGAACCGGUACCGGUGCUGGCGCCGUCGCCGGAGUCUAGCGAAGCAGACGGACCAAAUCCGAUCUCGGGACGAAUACACACCUUGGAAAAGAUAUUUGAUAUUCUUUCCAACAAAGGCGAAGUGAACCAUCCAAUGUGCGAUGAGUGUGCUGAGCUUUUGAUCGAAAACUAUAAACUCAAGUUUGACCAGAACCAACGGGAAAAAGACCUGUACAUGACUUUCUUGAAGAAGCUAAAGUUAAAGGAUGACUCCGACAUUAAGGAGCUGGAUUUGGAUACGAAACUUCGAGACUCGAUCCAGGAAUGUCGGGACCUUGCUGCGAGCGAGCAAGAAAAACUACAGGAACUACGCUCUCUCGAGCAGAAUAGAGAGGAAUUGUCGAAGGAGCUCCAAGACGUAAAGAUGGAAUUGGCGCUUCAACAAAGCACCGAACUUCUGAAUGCAUUAAGGCUCAAAAAUGAACUUCAUUGGACACUUCAACGAAAAGCAGACCAAUUGGCUCAGGAAAAAGCUCGGUAUCGUGUUGUUUUGAACCGGCUAGACCAUCUUCGGAACCUCAACAUGUAUACAAAAUUCUUUGAUAUUGCAGCCGACGACCAAUUUGGCAAGAUCAAUGGGUUCCGAUUGGGCUAUAAAGUGCCGUGGCUGGAAGUAAAUUGCGCAUUGGGCCAGGUAGUUUUGCUUGCGGUGUUCUUGUGCAAACGGCUUGAUGUCAGACUACAAAGCUAUAAACUCGUUCCCAUGGGUUCUCGUUCUCAAAUUGUCAAGUUGUCAUCGGACCACGAUAAGUCGAAAACCGUCUUAAAUCUUUACCUGUCCAACGAGCUAUCGCUCGGAAAAUUGUUCAAUUUUAACAAGUUGGACGUGUCCAUGAUCGCGCUCCUCGACGUACUCUCCCAGAUAGAAGCCACAGUUUUGGCGUUGGAUAGUGAAAUCGAGCUUCCGUAUACAAUUUCACCCAAGAAAGAUGUUAUAGGUGGUAAGAGCAUUAGAGUUACUUCCAACUCCGAUUGGACAUUCAGCUGCAAAUUUCUCCUCGUCAACUUCAAAUGGAUCUUAACCUACGCCAGUAGCCGACAUUAG